UAUUCCACUCUCAUAUGCAUCACCGCAGACAGCCCCUCGCGCUCGUCCACACCUCUUAAAGGUUAUUUAUUUUGUCCCCGACGGAAAGUCCACUUCGGUUUUUGUGUGAAGCUCCAAAAAUCUAUGAAAUGUGUUUGCAUGUUCUUCUCCGGGCGCGAGGAUGUGGAGGUGGGAUAGAGAGACGCGAGAGGCUGGAGGAGCGCACGCGCUCGCUCUCGGACAAAGUGCGUUCUGCGUGUAUCUGCCGGUGUUUGGGGGCUAUUGAAGGAAACAACGAGAAUAAUUCAGUCUGGGAUUCUCAGGCCUCAGCGAAUGGAUGUUUAAGAUGUUCAUGAGGCUCGACUAGUGUGGACUGCUGAUUCUCCAGCUGUGCGCGCGUCAAUCUGGUUUUGGCUUCGGUCUUCAGAGGAACGUUGCAACUCUAUCCCCCCCCUUCAUCCUAAGCUCCCUCAUCUCCCUCUCCCUCCCCCUCACGCUGUGGCCCAUGUCUGCCAGCGGAGGGUCCAUGGAGGGAAGUCGAGCCGUAGAGGAUGAGGAGGCGCAGGACAGCUGCUGCGGGGAUGAAGACACGUCCCCGGUGGUGGAACGGAGAAACCGCAGCGGCAUCAUCAGCGCUCCUCUCAGCAAAAGCCUGAAGCGCUCACGGGCUCUCUCGCAGUACAUCGCGACCUGCUCGGCCGCUGCCGUCGCCAGCGUCGCAAACGCUAACAGACUCGCUCAGAGCUCCAUGGUGGCGACGGGUGUCAAAGCUCACCCUACGGCCAGCCAGCACAGGUCACAAGUCGGGUACGCCAAGCUGGACCGGGGCGCGUUAAUGUCCGGUCUUCUGGACUCUCCGAGCGGCCUGCAUCUCGCACAGGCCGCCGAGCUCCUGCGACGGGCGGGAAUGCUCCUUCCGGUCAGCGACCCUUCCAAUGUCAGUGUGGGAGGGGACAUGGAGGCGGUCUCGGCUUCUGAUUCGCUGGGCAGUGUGAUGGACUUCCCGUUGUUCGGCAAUGGUGGAGUGGGCGGCAGCUUUCCGUAUCACCCGGGGCUCUUCAUAAUGACGCCGGCGGGAGUGUUCCUCGCCGACGGGGCGCUUUCUCACGUGACCGGCGCGUCGGAACACCAGCAGACGCAGAGCGAGAUUUCAUCGGCCAUCAGCGCCAACGGGAAGAAAAAGCGGAAGCGCUGCGGCCUGUGUCCACCCUGCCGGCGCAGGAUUAACUGCGAACAGUGCAGCAGCUGCCGCAACCGGAAAACCGGCCAUCAGAUCUGCAAGUUCCGCAAGUGCGAAGAGCUCAAAAAGAAACCUGCUGGCGGGCUGGAGGUAAGAUGAAGGUGAUGCUGCCAACCGGAGCUCCUUUCCGAUGGUUUCCGUAGGGCAGCUGGACCCUCCCCCCCAUGACUUCCAUCCCAUAAUGAAGGACUCCCGAUGGAAAGUGACGCUACUCCCACUCGGAACGGCGUGGCGCUUGUAAACACUGGGUGCACACAAACAAAUCAAACAAAUGAAGAGCGGAAUGAAAGCACUAUUUGAAAACGAACAUGUCCUGAACCAAAAAUAAACAGUGAAUGGCGGAUUGUCAUUCCGUUUUUCUGUUUUUCCUCUGUUCCAUUUGAGGAACCAUCUGAGUUCUACUUCAGAAUCUUGCCCUUUAUUGGAUGCUCUGGAACUAUUUGCCGCCAAAUGGAAAACGGACAAUCAUUUUUAUUUGUGUGUUUAGUGGUUUUGUUUGUCCAUGUGUGGAGAAAUGCCGUAAUUUCGUUUAGAGAAUGUAAUCCCAAGGCUCUGUUUUAAAGCUUGUGAUAAUUAAGGAGCACUAUUGUAAUUUAGCACAGUGGUUCUUACUGACUGCCUCAAUGUUACGAUUGCCUUUUUCGUUUCGUUUCGUUUCGUUUUUUGAUAUGUCAAACAGUUUUCAAGUUGCUCAAUAUUUGAUACGAAGAUGACCGUGAAAAACACUCUAAUGUAGCAUCCCUUACUUCAAACAUGUUUGAAAGGUCCUUUUGGGUUUGUCGUUCUGGUUGUUUGUUUUUAAAUGCUGAAGGCCUGCUGAGAUUGGAGGGAAGGUGAAGCUGGUGGAACGACAACAUUUAGACCAGCCGAUGGUGUAUUUGCAUACCAGCUACGCGUAGGACCCGCCUCCUUUUUCACGCAUUUUCAAGCCUUAUGGGAUUGGUCAGAUGGAAACCACAGUCCUAAGCAUCUGGACUGCCAAAAUUCAGGAAAUUAUUGAUGUUUUACGAUAAUAUUUCUGAUUAGGAUGUUUUAUUACUGAAUUACCCUAAGUUCCAGAGCUCCUUUAAGUCCCUUUCACAUGAUUCAUGUCAUUGAAUUCUCAGCAAGCAUUGCGUGAAAUCGUUGUUCUGAGACGCUCGUUUCGACCUUUUCAACUUUGACCCCAUUUGUCAUUGAGUUUUCAUAAUGUAGACAGGGAUUACCAGACAAUUCGCCUUUUGUAUCAUUGCGACACAUUGAGCUCUACGACACAUCGUCUAGAGUAACCAAUCUUGUUCCUGGAGAUCUACCUUCCUGCAAAGUUCAGCUCCAACCCUGAUCAAGCACAACUGAACAAGCUAAUUAAGAUCUUCAGGAGCACGUGAUAAUUACAGACAGA